AUGAAAAAAGCUUGGAGCAGAUCUGCAUCUUAAAUAGUGACGAUGUUCACUUAAGCAUAGUAAAUAUCACAAUAAUAAUUUAGAUAAGAGAUGGAGUUGAUUGUUGCCAAAAGAUAAUUUGAUGAAAUUGCUAAGGAAUUGAAACAAAGAAGAGAGGAAAUAUACGGGAGAAUGAAAGGGGUGCCAAAAUUAGAAAAAAAGCCUGGGUCUUCUGGAAAAUAGGAAAAGUUUAAAUCGAUGGUAAAUAUUUAAAUAAAUUCAAAGGAUGAACAUAGAAUUGCAUUGCACGAGCUGGAAAAUAAGAUGCAAACAAAUAUUGUAAAUGGACUUGAUCAAUAAGAGGCUAUAAAUAGGUUAGGAAUACAUGGAAAAAACUAAAUGACAGAAAAAAAACAAAUACCUUGGUAUUGUGAUAUAUAUAAAUAAGGUAUUUGAGAUUACUAUAAGAAUUAACUUCAAUAUUUGCAUGCAUGAUGUGGACAGGAUCAGCUUUAUCAUUUCUAGCAUUUGGAUUAACACCAGAAGAUCUUUCAAAUUUAUAUUUAGCAAUAGUACUUGGAUUUGUAGUAACAGUUACAGGAAUAAUGGCAUAUUUUUAAAAUCAAAAAUCUGCUGCAUUAAUGGAAGCAUUUAAAAACUUUAUACCACCAGAAACAUAGGUUAUUAGAAAUGGAAAAUAGAUGAAAAUUCCAGCUGAAAAUUUAGUUCCAGGUGAUUUAGUUGUAGUAGAAUUUGGUAAGAGGAUACCAGCAGAUAUCAGAAUAAUAGAGAGCAAUGGAAUGAAAGUAGAUAAUUCAAGUUUAACAGGAGAAACAUUAUUAUUAUAAAGAAUUCCUGAUUGUAGUCAUCCAGAAAAUCCUUUAGAAACAAAGAAUCUUGUAUUUUUUGGUACUUUAUGUAAAGAGGUAUAGAAAUAGAAUAUAAUUAAAAGGGUAAUGGAAGAGGAAUAGUAUUAUUUACUGGUGAUAAUACAGUUAUUGGACAAAUUGCAGGAUUGGCUUAGUCAUCUGGAGAAGAAGAGUCUGUUUUAAGAAAAUAAAUCAAUUAGUUUGUAAAAAUGAUUGCAACUAUUGCAUUAUUAUGUGGAAGUGUUUUUUUUAUAUUAGGAAUGUCAUAUGGUUAUCCAGCAUUACAAAAUGUGAUUUUAAUGAUGGGUAUAGCAGUUGGAUUUGUUCCAGAAGGUUUAAUUGCAACAGUGACAGUAGCUUUGAGUUUGACAGCAAAAAGAUUAGCUUAAAAGAAAGUGUUGGUUAAAAAUUUAGAAUGUGUUGAAACUUUGGGAUCAACAUCAUGCAUUUGUUCUGAUAAGACUGGUACUUUGACUUAAAAUAAAAUGACAGUUGAGCAUUUAUGGUACAAUAAUAAAAAGGUUAAAGGAUUAAAUUAUUAAAAAUUUGGUAAGAAAUACAAUUAUGAAUAUGAUUUAUAAAAUGUAGGAUUUUAGGCUUUAUUUGAAUGUGCAUCAUUUUGUUCAGAAGCUGUUUUUGAUGCAUCAUUACCUUAAGAAAUUAGAAUGAAGAUUUAGAAUGAUAAAAUAUUAAAUUAAUAAUAGAAAGAAUAGAAAAUUAAAUUAGCAGUAAAUGAUUGGGAAAUUAAGUAUUAAUCAAUGAGUUGGUUAGAAAGACCUACUAUAGGUGAUGCAUCAGAGAGUGCAUUAAUUAAAUUUUUAUAACCAAUAAAAGAUAUAUAAGAGACAAGAAAUAGUAAGAAAUUAGCAACAGAUGUAGAUGGUAAAAAUGCAAGAAUGCCAUUUAAUUCAAAUAAUAAAUAUGCAUUUGUAAUUCUUGAAUAUGAAACAGAGGAAUCAUUUUAUUGUUUGAUGUCAAAAGGUGCACCUGAAAGAAUAUGGGAAUUAUGUACAACUGUAAAUAAUGAUGGAAAUGAAGAAUAAAAAGAUUAAAAUUGGGAAAAGGCAUUUAAAUCUAUAAAUAAAUUAUUUGGCAAAAAUGGAGAAAGAGUUUUGGGAUUUGCUAAAGUACAUUUACCAAAAACAGCAUACCCUAAAGGAUAUCCAUUCAAUUUAGAUAAAAUGAAUUUUCCUUGGAAUAAAUAAUAAUUUUUAGGUUUGUUUUCAUUAAUUGAUCCUCCAAAAGAUUCAGUACCAGAUUCAGUAAUAAAAUGUAAAACAGCAGGUGUAUAAGUAAUAAUGGUUACUGGUGAUCAACCUGUAACAGCAGCAUCAAUAGCUAAAUAAUGUAAUAUAAUAACAGAGAAAACAGUUAAUGAAAUAUCAGAAGAGGAAGGAAUAAGUUUUGAAGAAGCAUUUCAUCGAUCAAAUGCAAUAGUAAUACAUGGAGAUUCAUUAACAAAAAUGAUGAUAGAUGAUGAAGGGAAACCAGAAUCUGAAUAAGGUAGAUAAUUAUAAGAAUGGCUUAGUAAAUCUUAAAUUGUAUUUGCAAGAACAAGUCCAGCUUAAAAAUUAAUUAUUGUUGAUGGUUGUUAAAAGAAAGGACAUAUUGUUGCUGUAACUGGAGAUGGAGUUAAUGACUCUCCAGCUAUUAAAAAGGCUGAUAUUGGUAUCUCUAUGGGUAUAACUGGAUCAGAUGUUGCUAAAGAUGCUGCAGAUAUGAUAUUACUUAAUGAUGAUUUCUCUAAUAUUGUUAUUGGUAUAGAAGAAGGUAGAAAAAUUAUAGAUAAUCUAAAAAAGACUAUUGUAUUUGUUUUAACUGGUAACAUUGUUUAAGUCAUUCCAAUAUUUUCCUACUUUAUUUUUAAUAUCCCAUUACCUUUAACAACAGUACUAAUUUUAUGUAUUGAUGUAGGCACUGGUAUUAUUCCCAGUACUGCCUUUGUUUAUGAACCAGCAGAAUUAGAUAUUAUGACAAGAAGACCUAGAAAUAAAGAAGAAAAUUUAAUCACUCCUAAAAGCAUUGUAUUUGCUUAUGCUUAACAUGGAUUCAUUUAACUUUGUGGAUGUUUCUUAGCUUACUUUCUUGUUUUCUAUGAUUUUGGUUUUCCUUCAGAUUCUCUAUUUGGAAUCCUCAAUAAAAAUGGAAUCAUACCAUUAUCCAGUGAUAUAUAUGAUCCACUUGAUCCUUUCUAUGGAAAUUCAAAUCUCAAAAAUCUUUAUAAUGAUCGAAUUUCAUAGUAACCACAAACCUUUGGAUUACUUUGUACAUCUGAUGAUGAAAGUAAGUUUGAAUCAAUUGAUUGGUUAUUCUCAAAAAAUAACGAUAUAGAUUUGAGAAUGUAUUAUAUUCAAUGCAAUACUGAAACUAAUAAAUGGGAAUUAAGUGUUGUUUGGGGUGAAUGCAAUAUUAACCAAAUAUCACCCAUAAGUAAUAAGCCAGUAUGUUAUUCGACUGAAGCUUUAUAAUAUGCUUAAACUGCCUAUUUUGUUGGCCUUGCUUAUACAUAAAUGUGUAAUUAUCAAUCUCUAAAAACUCAUAAAUCUGCAGGAAUCUUCUAAGAAUUUAACAAUGUGUUUAUGCAUUUUGGAUUUAUGACUUUGAUAGUCUUGGUUAUUUCUUUGACUUAAAUUACUAGUCUUAAUUCUGCCCUUUAAACUAGAGAUAUUAUUUUCCAACAUUAAAUGCUAACAUUGCCUUUUGGUCUAUUAAUGUAAAUUUGGAAUGAAGCUAGAAAAUAUAUGGUUAGAAAUGUUCCAUAAACCACACCAAAUAUGCCGAAUUGGUGGGCUAGAUGCACAUCUAUUUGAGAAUUUGACAUUCAAUUAAAUGAUUUAUAUAAAU